AUGAAGAAUUAUAAUGAGAAACGUGAAAAAUGUUGUGAGUACAUCGAAGCUCUUGAAGAAGAACGCCGCAAGAUUAAUGUCUUCCAACGCGAGCUUCCUCUUUGCUUAGAGCUUGUCACUCAAGCUAUCGAGGCAUAUAAAAAAGAGAUAUCAGAGGCUACGACGGAUACCUUGUACGGACAACCGGAGUGCUCGGAGCAGACUACCGGAGAAUGUGGACCCGUCUUGGAUCUAUUCCUACCAAUCAAACACGCAUCUUCAGCCUCCACAGAUGAGGAAGAGGAAGAAGUUGAUGAAGAUGUUGAACACGAAUCUCAUGACACCAACGUAGAUUUCGUUGACAGGAGGAACAUGAAAUCUGAAUGGCUCAAGUCUGUUCAGCUUUGGAACCAACCUGAGGCAGUUCCUUCUAAUAAAUCGGAAGACCAACAACAUGAGACAGAAACGGUGGUAGAACCAAUCAAAGAAAAUGACAACGGAGCAGGGUCUCAUCAGCCGCUGUGUUACGACACGAGCAACGAGAAAAAUGACUACAUAAUAUCUCUUGCCACUACCAGCGGUGGAAGCGGUCGAGAAAAGACGGAGGCUGAGAAAGGCGGAAGCGGCAGCAGCAGUGGGAGAGGGCAAAGAAAGCAGAGGCGGUGUUGGUCGCAUGAGUUGCAUAGACGCUUCUUGAACGCUCUUAAACAGCUUGGUGGUCCUCAUGUAGCUACGCCUAAACAGAUUAGAGAGCUAAUGAAGGUUGACGGAUUAACAAAUGAUGAAGUCAAAAGUCAUUUACAGAAAUACAGGCUGCAUACAAGACGACCUAGCCAAACAAUUCCUAACAACAGAGACUCUCAAACUCAACAUUUCGUGGUCGUCGGUGGAAUUUGGGUCCCACAGGCUAGCCGCUCCACGGCCAACACAGUCGCAUCACGUGAGACAACCGCCGGGAUUUACGGGCCUAUGGUCAGCCCGUUACCGUCGGAGUGGCCGAGCCAUUCAAAUUUUGGUCGGGAGAUUUCGGAAGAAAGAUCAAGAUGCUCUAACAAAGGAAUUGUUAGGUGCAGCUCACCAGCAAUGUCUUCUUCUACUCGUACAAAGACUAAAGAUGCAAAAAUAUCAUCAUAAUUUUUUAAAAAAUCAUUGUGAUUAUUAAUUAAUUAAAGGAUAUGAGCAUUGAAAUGAAAAGAGACUAUAUAGAUUUUUGGAGCGAUACUCUCUAGACUAUUAUAUAACUUGGGAUAAAUGAAACUUUCACUGUACUUUUUACACAUUGUUACUAUUAUAUAAAUCAAAGAUGUAUCAACUAUUGAAU